CGCCUUCCCGCAAAAGCCUGGACGGUCGCCAUCUUGCUCGCGAGGAGAGGUCGAAGGGCUCUCGUUUUUCGGACCGCCCGGCGUGUAGCUGCUGCAGACGCUUCUUCGCGAAGGGAUUCGGUGUUCGGGAUUGUCGUGAUGGAGAACAACGGCAACGCCAACAAUGGUGCACAGCAGGCCGCCGUGCAACUGGAAGUCGGCGCACCCGUGCGCCCGUUCGAUCCGGCGUCUCACGACUUGGACCCCGGUUUCAGGCUGACGCGGUUCGCCGAUCUGAAAGGAUGAGGGUGUAAAGUCCCCCAGGAUUCGCUAACUAAACUCCUGGAGGGACUCCUACAACUCGGCGACGGCGAUGGACCGUGCCAGCAGCGCCAGUAUUUUCAAGUCCAGGGCAUGCCACGUUCGGGCUCGGGUAUCGAAUGCAGCUUGACUCCACUGAGGCACGGUGGGCUGUCGUUGGUGCAAAGCGUCGACUACUUGUAUCCGCUGGUUGAAGACCCCUAUGUCAUGGGCAAGAUUGUGUGCGCCAGCGUCUUGAGUGGUCUGUAUGCGCACGGUGUGACUGAGUGUGACAAUGUGCUGUUAGUGUUGGGUGUGAGCAGCAAGCUGACGGACAAAGAGCGCGAUGUGGUGUUGUCGCUGUUGGUGCGUGGCUUUCGGGAUGCGGCUUCUCUGGCUGGUACCAGUGUGACCGGCGGACAGACAGCUCUCAACCCCUGGCUCAUCAUCGGUGGAUGUGCGACGAGCUGCUGCCAUCCGGCAGAGUUCAUAUCAGCCGACAAUGCAGUGGUUGGGGACGUGCUGGUGCUGACGAAGCCCCUGGGCGUCCAGGUGGCAGUUAGCGCCCUACAAUGGCUAGAACAGCCCGAGAGGUGGAACAGGGUUCGGCUUGUCGUGGCCGAGGAAGAUGUCCACAAGGCCUGCCACCGCGCCCGUGACUCCAUGGCACGACUCAAUCGCACAGCUGCACUUCUAAUGCACAAGUACAAUGCUCACGGUGCCACGGAUGUACGGAGCGGCGGUCUCCUCGGUCACGCACAACUCCUUGCACGGGCGCAGAAGAACGACGUCUCCUUCGUCAUCCACAACCUACCUGUACUGGCCAAGAUGGCCGCCGUGGCAAAGGCCUGUGGCUCCACCUUCCAGCUGCUGCAAGGCUUUUGUCCCGAAACAUCAGGUGGCCUGCUCAUCUGUCUGCCGAGAGAACAGGCAGCGGCCUACUGCAAGGACAUCGAGAAGCAGGAAGGUUAUCAGGCCUGGAUCAUCGGCAUCGUCGAGAAAGGCUGUCGGACGGCGCGCAUCAUAGACAAGCCCCGCGUCAUUGAGGUUCCCUCAAAGGACAGAGAGGGUGAACUUUGGUAGCAGCAUACAAGACGUGCGUGACCCUGUCCGCCACCCUCCAAAACACCCGGUCACUUACACCCGGUUCCUGCCGGGUGUCAACCCGCCACAGUGGUGUCACUUCGUUCGCUCGGUACUGACCUGAGUGCUGGUGUGACGAGUUAUGGUGCAUGGUGCGGGAAUAAGUGGUGAGCAGGUGCUCAUUCCCUACACCUUUCUUUAGCCUUGAGGAUGUUUUUUUCUAGCUGCACUAAUUCGAAUCUAAAGUCAAUGUGACAACGUCAGUGGCAUUCGAGUGCUCAGAUUGGUGGCCUUAAGGUCUAGAGGAAUUCGUACUGUGUUGCGUUAUGUCAGUUAAUGUGUCAGUUAUUCAUCACAGGUGGCUUAAGCAAGUGAGUAGUAGUUUCAAGCCUCGCUUCAAAAUUAUCUAGCCGAGCAAAGCAAUUUUCCUUAACGAAGCUCUCGUAACAGUUACGAUAGCAUAUAUUUGGGAUUUGAAAACUGUGAAAUUUAUGCUUUGACAGAGCCUUCUAGUUGAAAAAAUUUGUUCACGUAGUCGUUUGCCUUAGCUACCUACAAUCAAUUACUAAAUGUUUAAUUAAUGGAACCUGUUUAAUUACUCACAGCUAUGUGAAUUACUCUGAAUUGUGAGGCUCCCAGGUUGAGAAUUGAAUGCCAACAAUGUCGUCACCGUCAUAUACGUCUAGGUCUUAUUUUGAAAACUUGGUGCAGCUAAAGGAAAAGGCCCUGUAUGUUAGGCAACUCGAAGAAGCUAGCUACUUUGCUUCUGACAUUACUUCGUCUUUCAUUGCAAUGAAGGUGUGCAUUUCUAACUUGUACAAUGUGCCAACACUGCGCUAACAGCCAAAAUUGGGGGAGGCGAUCGGGGUGGAGUGAAUUACAUGGGCAGUUAUAAAACACCUUUCUCAUCGUUUUAACACCCACUGCCAGAUUAGUAUUUUUUCUACAUGUUCACCGACCCCUCCCAUUUUUUGUUUCAAAGCUACGGUAGUAACACUUUAUUGAUCACAAGUUCUUUGCACACUCACUUGUAAAGCUCUGAUUUGAUGUGUUCAAAUAGGAUCUUGGUUGUUGCUAGAAUCAAUCUUUUAAAUUGAAUUCCAUACUUUAGAGAGGAAACAAAACACAGUAGCAAGGAAAAAACAAGGACGAGACAAGUACACAGUACUGGUGCUUACUUUUAACUGAGGAUUAUUGAAACAUGAAAUUUUUAUACAUUGCGAGACCAUCAUUGAGUAUCAAAUUCAUAUCGUCAAUCGGCGAUACUCAAUCGUGCUAUCUCAUCCUAGUUUUUUUCGUGCUGCUGUAGUCUCCUCUCCAGUCAUGAACCUCCUCGCCCGACAAAAAUGUUUUACUAUGCAGAUCUCGAGGAAGGAAAAGAACUUAGUUACUUUGAAAACUUCUCCAUUCGUUGGACUACUUUUAAGUAGUGUAAAAACGGGUCAGUAGUACUGAGCUCUGCACAUGCUCUAGUCUACUGCGGCCACGGUGGGGGUGGGGCUUAACCGUUGAGUUUCUUGCAACGUUACCUAGACUGAAAUGUGGUGCCACCAUCUAUGCGACCUUCCUAAUGGAUGCCGUGCUGCGACGGCAGUGCUGUCACAUGGUAUGAGCAAGGCUUGACUUAGAAUGUGUAAAUGGCUGCACAGAUAAAGUUUUCUUAAAGGAAAAUCUUCAUUAGAGGUUCUCGUUUGCCGAUAUUAUGCUUUACAUCAAAAAGUCGCUCACGUCGAGCAUGUAAUGAAGGGCUGAAAAGAAUUGACGGACUUUUGCAAAGCAACUGAUCUUGUCCUAUCUUGUCCAACUUUAGCUGUUGGCCGGUACCUACCAAGUAUAUGACGUUGUACACCCCAGUAGAAACCCUCAUAAUUAAACCAAACAUGUUCUUGUCGGAAACUAAUGUUGGAACGCACUGCGAGGCCGAGCUGGGCGAGCAGGUCGCGCAAGCGAAGUAAGCCACUCGCGUCCCAAACAACAACUGAACUUUUAUUUCCUUUGAAGUGCACGAAUAAAAGUCACGUGGUUCCUCGCGCUUGCGCUGUUGGCCUUCGCGCACACACAGAAGCACACAUUCGCGCACCCUCAGAAGCGCCGUUUCACGGCGCUACACUAAGAAAAAAAAAAGCUCUUCAUGUGUGUUGUUUAGUGCUGAAAUAACUAUUGUGUUUUAUCUAUUUUGAAAAUGAUGCCGAUCCAAAGUCACUGUAUCCCAGCGUUCCAAUGUGAUAACGGCGUCCAGCACCACAUUUUUCUCUAGGUAAUUGUAAGAAACUAGGAGGUGGGGAGGGGGGUGGGGUGGGGCAAUAAAUCCGCACACCUACUAAGACUACUGAGCAGCCCCGAGGCAAGAAGUUCUUCCAUAUUGCCUAGCCGCUGCUUGGCAACCACAGUUUAAGGUACCUGUUCGCGUAGAGUUUCCCACGAAACUCGCUAGGAGGACAGCUGGUGCUAGUGUCUUCGCUAACGUCAUGGGUGUGAUUGUUUGCAUACAUGAAUUUGCCUAAACUUUGACGAUGUGGUUUCAAAUGACCUCGUGACCUUUUUGCAAAUACUGGCAAACCUUGGGUAUACGAUAGUAAAAAUAAAGCCCUUAUUGCUACUAACACCCCAUGAUGCAGGGGUGUAGCCAGAAUAUAUUGCAAUGAAUGUAAUCUGUCAUGAUGUAACGAAUAUCACAAAUAAUUGGAUAUGAUAUGACGAGCCUGUUUUUGUAUCUGAUGUUCGUAUUGUUUCGGCGAGAUUUUGAUAAGAGUAGUGAUUGAAAUUAUUAUGCACGUGUGUCUGUGGAUACGUAUUGCAUCUUCGCAAUUUCAGGAUGUUGUCUUUCCGUGAAUUCUCUGUGACAUUAGACCAUAACGCCAUUAGAAAUGUGUGAUCGCUUGCAACUUAAAAGGUUAAAAGCACGAGAGGCCAAUCCACAAGAGUUGUCCUAAGCCACGAGUGCAUAGACUAGACGAAUCCGUGUAUACUUCUCAUCAUUCAAUCGGUAGCUGAAUGACUUCAACGCCAGCUUUAAACCUAGAAGUUUUAGUAGGGAAUUCUACGCCUGUUUGUAGCAGCGAAGGCACCAUGACGUGCGCUGCCUCUGCCCAAUUCUUCGUUUCCAGGCGCCGCCAAUGUGGUGGUGCCUGGAGUGUUUUUGUCGCGUCCUUUUUUUAUGUCCAUGAAAAUGAGGUUUCUGACUUUCGAAAAUGUGUUAGGUGUGUGUGUGUGUGUGUGUGGCAUGUGGCCUCGAUUUCACGUUGCAUUCAGAGUUUGGUGGGUGACUUUACCUCUGGUUAUGUUCUCACUAGGUUUAUUUGUGUGUGUGCUUUCUUCCAUGGCAGUAUGACAGCGUUUUCGGGUGUGUGUUGUAUUCUCUUUUCGAUCUAACAGUCUUGUGGCUGAAAUGUUUGGAGUGGACCCUUCGUCCGCUGAUAGGCCUUGCUGUUUUGGGGUCUGUUACAGCCGCACUAUUGCAUUUGUGGAGUGCCGAAGAUACUAUAUGCUUGUACUUUUUAAGUUGGACAAUAAAAAUUCUUCUUUGAUGAAAGGCUUCACCUCGGAAA